AUCCUCGAAGCUUUAUUCUAUUCUGCUGCACCACAGGAGAAGCGGGGCGGUGGGUAUGGCAGUGCUGGACAAGGUUAUGGCGGCCAUGGCGGCGCUGGCUAUGGUACUGGGGGUGGCGGCUACCUGAUUGUUGGUGCGGGUGGCGGCGGUGGUCACGGUCCUAGUGCUGCUGAUAUUGCCAACCAAGCUGCACAUCAAGCUACUGCAGCUGCUGCGGGUCUUCCUGGAGCUGCCAACGCAGCUGCAGGAGCUGCAGCCAAUCAAGCUGCCGCCGCUUCAUCGGCAGCAGCACAAACAGCUCAAGCUGCAGCAGCCGAUAAACAGUCUCAGGCUGCACAGAUCACUACCGCCGCCCAGGGAGCACAGGCCGCAGCUUUUACUGAAGCUUCUCUGGCAACACGGACCGCAAAAGCCGAGCAAGAAGCUGAGAACACUUACAACCUGGCGGUGCAGACGGUCAACGACAUAGAUGCUGCUUUUGCAGAGGCCCGAGGCAUCGUGGAGGAGACCUACCAGGCCCUGGUGGCUGCCAGAGCUGUAAGGGCAGCCCAGGCCGCUAUGGCUUGGCAGGCACAGCAAGCAACUUAUUCUCUUAAUCAGCAACAAAGCGUGGCCCUCAACGAUUUGCAGAAGGCUAACCAAGCAGCUGCCCAGGCCGAGGCAGCAGCAGCCAAGGCGUUGUCCAAGUCCAAAAACAGAGAUUAUGGACAUGGAGGACUGCACUAAGGCACUUUUCACCGCUGUAUUUCAUAACCACACCACUCGCUAAUUCUUGUAUUUAAACUAUUGAACACACAUAACUAGUCAAAAAUACAAGUAUUCGUUGUGUAUAUGAUUUUGUCAUUCAAUUUUACGUGAAUAUAAAGAACCAGCGACACCUGACCAGCGUAUUGCAUCUCUUGUCAACACAGCUCUUAGCUGUCUCGUACGUUUAUGAAGACACUUCAUCUGAGUGUAAUUAUGACAAUGUGUUAUACUAGUGUAAAUACACUGUCACACAUAAUAUGAAAAUAUCCCUGUUAUAUAAUAAUAAAGAUUGCCAAGGAAAA